UCUUCAGCCUUCACACAGGGCAUCUCUUCUCUUCAGCUUCACUUCAUUGAAUCAUCUGCUGCAUCUGUCACCAUGAGGACCCUGGCUGCUCUUCUGGCUCUGGUGCUGGUCAUCUCAGUUAGUGCCCAGUAUGGACCAACUACCCAAAGCUGUUGUGAAAAGCACACACCUCAUGUGGUUCCUGCAGGCAAGGUGGUGUCUUACUUCAAAACCAGCAGCAACUGCUACCUGACUGCUAUUGUGCUUAACACAGUGGCAAAUAAGCAAAUAUGUGUGAAUCCUGACCUGACAUGGGUUCAGAGGAUCGUCACCAAGUUAGACUCCCGUCUGUGAAUGAAUCCUCAACAUCUACGGCCGUCUUGGGAGAAGUCCCACCUGGACUGUCCUGAUGAUAGUGAUACUUCAAUUUAAGCUACAUCAAUCUCAUGCUGUUCUAUUAGAAAAUCUGUGUUGUGUUGAAAAUUGUCUGGAAAUAUUUCAUUUGUUCCAUUACAAAUGUUGUUGCUGAGGUACUAUUUGUAAUAAAAUAU